AUGACCGCGAUGGAGAUCAUGACAUGCGUAACAUUAAUAUAUACUGCCAUUGUGUUACUGGUACAGCACAAUGGCCGCCGCCGCCUUCAGUCCAAGGACACGAUUACGACUGCCUUCAUAAUAGGAGACAUCCUUUUCACUGGUCUCACGAUUGGCUUGAUUAGCAUCAUGGCGCGCUCCGGAGUCCCCUCACACUGCGGUGGGCUGACUCCCUAUAAGCCUCCCUCUAGCGAUCAUGAUAGUUCCGACGAAUAUGACGAUGACUUUGGUGUCCCACACUGGUACACCACAGAAGGUUUUAGCAGUGGGGGAAGUGAGAAAGGCAAGAUGGAUCAUUUCUGCGCCCUCGAGCGAGGUUAUUAUUUCAUUAGUAUUGCUAUCAUCUUCUCGUACAUGGCGACUGUAACGAUGGGUGUGCUCCGUAUAUUCGAGUCCAUCUACCAGAAGAGACUAGACGAUCAACUGGCCACGUCGAGCGAACUCAUUCGACUCGAGUCCAAGGUCUCCAGAACGCAGCGCUCCUCCCUCGUCCGCCAGUCGUCGAAUCCUCCCUCGCCACUGCAAGAGGGCGUCACCUCACCGUCGCCGAGGUCACCGAGGUCCUUCACGAGCCGGCACUCGUUCCGCGACCAGGUCGGACCGCGCCGAUCGGCGAUGCCCGUGUCACCACUUACUAUAUCGCCCGCCACCACCGUCGAUCCCGCGAGGGAAGGCCUGCUGAUCGACCAGCACGCUUCGGACAACGUGGAAAACGCGGCUGAAGCUGCCAUGGUCACCGAUGGUUACAGAAACCCUCGCCACGCGACCAUGUCCGUACCGCCGCCCUACACCCCGGGCGAAUCGUCGAGGUUUAUGACAGGUCAUACCGACGAGAGUAAUGAUAUGAGAUUAAGCGACUACGUGAAGGGUCAGACGAGAGCACAGAACAUGAAGGAUGCCGGGGUACAAUGA